CCCUUUAUGUGAAGGAGUCACUUUACAUUCAAAGAAGAAAAAGAGAAGCAAGAGCAAAGAAUCUUGAAAAGGCGAAACAGAUUACCCAGCAAGUUCCAUCUUUCAUUGCACUCGCAGACCAAGCGAUAUCUGUGCAUUUAGUUGCAGUUUGUAGGGUUGCGAUUACAAGAUUUGUUGAAAGUGUUUUAUGUAUGACUGAUGUAACUGAAGACACUGAAGAUAAUGUUUCUGUUACCUCAGAAAGCCAUAUCACUGAAAAAGGCACAAUAAGCUCCAAAGAAACCGAAUCAAUCGGAACAGUGUUUGCUACAAAGUUUGUUUUUAAUCGAGAAACACACGAACUUGAAAUGAACCCUUCAACUGCAAAGUUUAAAUCUGUGAUGAUGUCAUCAAUAUCCAACAUCUUCAACCUUGUAUGUCACGAAGCUCACUCCUUGAGCACUAUCUCGAAGUCCAGCAUCACUUCAAGGAGACCUGGAUCAGCUCCCGCAUCCAUAGGAUCAUUCUCGGAUGCUGGUUCUUCAAGAAGAUCAACUGUGUCCUCCAUAUCAGUGGACAUGGAGUCAGUACAGAGUGAAGACUCACCAGAUGUUAAAAUGAAGCAGAACAAUUCUUCAAAAGAAGUUGAAAAAGAACAAUAUUAUAUGAACGUGCCCAACACAGCAGGCUUAACUGAACCACACGUGACUCCCAAGCAACAACCUACGAAAGCGGAGGACAAAGAUGGAGUUGGUACACCUGAUCUUCUUCUAUCUUCAGGAGAAGGAGCAAGACUUGGUUUAUCAGUUGGUGGUCAGCGAAUGAUGGGAAACUUCAACCCACUUGAUCACACUAAACUGAAAGAGAAAAUAAUGAAUGACCCAGAGGUAUGUCACAGUCUGUGAAAAUCUAUCCCAUAAAUAACCCAUACAAU